UUUAUAAUAUAGUACGUAGUUAUAACCAGCCGUUUGACAAAACAUGAUUGUAUCAUUUGUAUCUGCUGAGCCUUUUUUUACUCAUUUUUCUUCAGCGGAUAAUAAUUAAUAUCUAAUUGUAAUAAUUAUUCAAUCGUUGCUAAAUACCGUGUGACUUUAUUCCAUUCGUCGAGAUCGGACUUCGGAUCAAAUUAAAUCAUAGUUUCAAAUACCUACCCCAGCUUUUAUCUUUGGUGACCGUGGACAACCGAACGGGCACUGGAGAUAAGGAAGCAAUUAGCUAGUGGAGUGCGCCGCGCCGGGCGCGGUUUUUACAUAACGUCGUAAAAUAAUAAAUUACAUUAGGUACAAUAAUACGCAUUUGACGAAGAAGAACCGAAAACUUUCAGAGAUGCUUAAAUCAGGAGUUCAUAGGCAAAUAUAUGCCACUAUAGCCGCGUCCAUGUCGAUAUUCAUCAGUGGCAUGUGGCUGGGCUGGCCCAGCUCGGCGUCCGAAAAGUUCGUGAAGAACGAGACGGGUGAGCUACACGUGACCUACGACCAGCUGUCGUGGAUCGUGUGUAUGAUGGACCUGGGAAACUUCAUCAGCCCACUGUUCGGUGGUUACCUGAUGGACCGGUUCGGCCGGAAGAAGGUGAUCGCCGCGCUCGGCCCGCUGUUCAUCGUCUCCUGGUUGCUGACGCUGUUCGUGCCCACCACGUUCGCCCUGUACACGGCCAGGCUGAUGGCGGGCCUGGGCAAGGGCGUCUCGUACACAGUGGUGCCCGUAUUCCUGGGCGAGAUUGCGGGUGUGGACAUCCGCGGCGCUCUGGGCAGCGUGUUCACCAUUCAGCUCAGUGGCGGCGUACUGUUCGAAGUGAUCAUCGGCCCGUACGUAUCUUACCACACGCUCAACGCCACGUCUGCCGUGGUGCCCGUGCUGUUCUUCGCCGCUUUCCUCUGGGUGCCCGAGUCGCCGUACUACCUGCUCAAAGUGGGCCGGCCGGCCGACGCGGCCCGGUGCCUGCGUUGGUACAGGGGCUGUGACACCGGAAGCGAUAGCGACAACGGACACGCCAUCGUGGCCGCGGAGCUCCAGCUGAUGGAAGUCAACGUGCGGAAGGACAUGGAAAACGGGUCGGCAUUCAGCGAGUUGUUCACCAACCGGAACAACUUCCGUGCGCUGGCCGUGGUGUUAGUGGCGUGCGCAGGACAACGCGCGGGCGGCAUCAGCAGCCUGACCGCGUACUCUGCGCUCAUACUACCCGAACCGUCGCCCAUUAUGGGCAAGUUCGAGUUCAUAAUCGCGUUCGCCGUCGUCCUGGUGGUGGUCAACUUCGUUGGGCUGGCCAUGGUGGACCGGGUGGGUCGGAAACCGCUGCUAAUCUUCUCCGAGGUGGGCCUGGGAUUGGUCACGUUCGUUUUUGGCGUCUACUACUUCGCUGCCACAUACUUUGCAGACGCCGCCGCGUCGUUCCGAUGGCUGCCGUAUGUGUGCCACACCACGUUCGCCGCCACGUUUUCCAUCGGUGUUGGCUUCAUACCGGUAGUGUUCCUCGGUGAGAUGUUCCCGGUUAACGUCCGGUCCCGGUGUUCGGCGUUCGCGUCCGUCACUCUCGCCUUCUUCUCGUUCUUGUCCAACAAGACGUUUCUCGCCGUCUCACUCAAGUACGGUUACUACACCAUGUUCUGGACGUUCUCGGCCGUCAACUUUGCCUGUGCAUAUUUCUUGCACAGGUACGCGAUCGAGACGACCAACAAGACGUUCCUCGAAAUCCAAGAAAUCCUAGAUGACAGCGUUCGAAACGGACCGAGGAGCCAAAAGAAACGACCGGAUAUCGCUGUGACGUACAACAACUCAUGCGGGGCCGAUAUUUAAUAAUAUAUACCUACAUAAUAUUAUUAUGUAUAAGGACACCUGAUACGAUAUAUCUUCAAUCCGAGAGUCCGAUAUUGUGGGUUUUAAUAGAUUAGGUAUAUAGGUAUAAAGGAAUUUGCAAAAUAAUUCAGUUAACACACUCGUUAGUAGUAGAUAGGUAUUACCUAUUGACGUUUUAAAAAAUAUGAUUUUUAGAUAAUUUUUUGUCAUUACAAAAAAAAAUUUAAAAAAAAAUUGUUUACGCUACCUACAUACCUAACAUUUCAGAAUGACAUUGUAUCUACCUACAUUCAACAAUACCUAAUGUCAUAUUCCUGAAUAAAUGGUACCUACCUACCAGUUUUUUCAAAAAAAAUUUUAUCACAAUGACUUCAAGUUAUCCAACAAAAUAUUAUUAUAUUAUUAAUAUUAUUUUUAUUUUUAAACAUUAUCCCUAUAUUUUGGUAUAAUGAAUGUUUCCAGUUAAAACAAAUCACCCUGUGAUAUUAUGUAUCUAUGUGUAAUUAGUUCAAUAUGUAAAUAGGUAUAAUACAGUGAUUAGUACUUUAGUAGUGUUUCAGGUCCCUGUAGCGUGCAGUAAUAAAAUGUCUAACAAUAAAUUGGGUGUACUUAAAACUGUAGGUAGGUAUUAUUUUACAAUAAGCUUAUUUUUAUUUAUAGAAAUGUUUGAAAUAGCUUUAAAAUGUUUAAAUAUACCUAUAAUAUAUUUGUACUUUUAACGUCUGAAUUUAGUUUUUAACAUUUUAUCUGAGACGAAAUGUUUAAUAUUUGUACAUAAUUAAAUUUGUGAUUAUUUUUAUUAUAAUUAUUAUUUAUUAGAGUAAAAGAAAGAAAUACUUA